AGCUCCUCUUGUGUCUUCUAGUUGUAACCGAUGGGAUGACAAGGAGAAAAUGAGAAUUGCAGACUUCCUUUUACAUUGUCAUGCCAAUUCUACUGAAGCGAAAUUUAGAGACAAUGUAACUGUAGAAGCUAUUAAAGCUGAAGGGUACCGCAUCACAGGAGACGCAGCAUCAAAAACCAGGACUUUCGUACUUUUCCUCAUACCUUCUUCCGCUCUGGAGGAUAAUGGGUUGCACUCCUACAAAACCGGUUCGUGCUGUAGUUGUUUGGCUGCCCUCGUAGUGGCUUGUGUGGUUGAAAAGGGAGUUGUAGUUUCGUCGACUAACUCCUAGCUCCUUUUAAAGUCGCGAGUUCUGGUACUGCUGGAAGAAGUUACUUUAUAGAUCCUUUCUAUUUUUUUUGUUCUUUUGAUGAAAAAUGGAGGUUUGGCCUUCCGACUAGGACUUCUAGCCUCUCUAACGAGAAUCGCCUGAAGGAAACUCCCGGUCAUCGAAGCAGUCCUAGGAGAAGACUUCUAAAGAGGAGUAGACAUCGUCAAACACAGGGGAACGCGAUCAUCUAGGACGCCACCAUCGAGCCAAACCUAGAAAAUGCUGCUUUUGCGAAGGUCUGCAGCCUGCAGGGGUGGCGCUGGCGUUGUAACUGGGCCCACAGCAUAUGGCUUUGUUUUUAUCAUCCCCAUCGUCACUCACAUCCUUAUCCUUAUCCUCGUCGUCAUUCCCUUGCAAGAGAGUCGUGGUAAGUAUCCCACAUGUGUACUGUGAGGUGUUGUACAGGCCUGGAAGGACUCUAAGCUGCAGGCGUGCUCCAGACAUCAGACCCAAUAAGCUAUUUUCCAAAGUACAAGACCACCCCGAAACAAGGUUUGAAGCAGGCACCAUCAAGAUAUCCGACGUUAUGACUCGGGAUUCACUUUUGCAGUAGUUAGGGGUACUCGUUUAGUUGUACAGUGCAGUACGUAGUUUUCGUUACAAUUAGAAGCUCUCUCAUCUUGCUCUUCGAACAAUGCAUGCUCCUGGUAUUUGAUAACCUGAUUUCGAUGUCGACGAUAGGGGAAAGAAAAAAGAGGACCCUUGAGAUCGAAGUCAGGUUAUCGAUUACCAGACGAUCUUUGUCCUCGACGGAUUGUCCGUCGAGGAAGUCCGUUGAGACCGCUCCUUGCCAUGAAGAUGUCACGUCUUCCGAACCUAGACCUUUUUCUUCAGAAGUUUCUGAGGCAUCGAGGAUUGAAAGCAUUUUAAACACACUUCACAAAGAUUUUGCCGCAUGCUCUUGCUCAUCCUCGAAUGAUACUAGACAAGUUUCAUUAGUGUUUGUGUUUGUUUGUUUGUUUGUUUGUUGGUGUCAUCGGGAAUCGGAUGGUUCUAAUCAUCUAUGGUAAAUAUGUCACGGAGAGGCAUUCGGAUGCGGACUGGAUGCGGGAGACAGCCUUCUCUGGCAUCAACAUGAUGAUGCCAUGGCGUCAACCAAUACGACAAGUAUUUCUUGAAGAAUUUGUACAACUACAACGACGCCCUUAUGGCAGUCUGCACUGAACUCUGUGCGAGAUUUAUUGUAUUGCAUUGCAUUGCAUUUCAUACUGAUGUCCAAAGAAAAUGCUUUUGAUCGACUUUGAGAUUAUGCUUGAUGGUAUCAUUUUGGUAACUUCAACAUCCACAUCGUAAUGAGGGCUAGUAUUGGAAGAAGUGGCUUCACAACUCGCACUGUUCUUGAACCCAACUAAAACUAGAACUAACUAAGUAUUUGCUCGAGCUUCUCCCCUCGCCUUCCAACAUCGGACGGAUGUUAUACUCCUCUUGACGAAUGGAAGAGUUUGAAUCAUGUUGCAUCUUCUCGUACUGUCCUGCUCUCCGCUUCAGCGUAGUUGAGAUGAUCCUCCAAUGAAUUAUACCAGGUUCAUGGCGAUUACACUCAAUGCAAGGCAGGAACGUUUGGGGAGUUGAAAGCAUGCAUGCCAAAGCCCGAUGGCCUAGUCACUAAAUCGUCUUUUGAGGACCAGGCUAGGGAUAUUCUCGUCACUGAUGCCCUAGCAAAGGCAGGCCUGACGCAAGAUUCAAAAAUUAUGGACGAGGAUAAGAGCAGGUCCAGGACCAUCGUUUAAUAUCGUCAUGAGCAAAAUGCUUAUAUUUUUCACCUACCGUCGCGCGUCGUGCUAGCUAAUCUACUUGUGAUGAAGUCACCAGAUAAAUCUCAUUUUCUACGAAGGCAGCACUCAAAAAGCCGGCGUAUGAAGGAGACGGUGCAUGAAUAUCCCUCCUUCUUCUAAGACUCCAAGCGGAAAUGAUAACACUAUGGCGCAAUUCAAGACGGGUGCGGAAGCUGGCAAGGAGGCGGAUAAAAAAAUCAGGGAACUGCUCCUUGGGGUAAUUUAUUAAGACCUUUUGCUUCCCACGUCAAAUGAAGUGAUGCAUAAAAGAUAUGAAUCUUGUUGGCGAAAAGAUGGAAUUUUUUGAUCCUUGAUUUUAAUCUGUCAGUCUUCAUGGGAAUAAGUGUGAUACAUAUCGAUGUUUCACUUUCCUUUUCUACUUCCUCCAAUAUGCAGGGUGCAGGCGGCUAUACCGAUGCGUAUGCUCGAAAACUACUAGCAUGGCAUAUUUCGCCAAAUGGAGAGACCAUACCAUUGCCCGAAGAGCAAGACGACAUCUAUACUUUCGUAAUGGACGGUUUGCGAGACGAAAUGACAAUAGAAGACGUAGCGUUGCACCGGAUCAGGCAAGACGAGGUGAGUUUUUCUUACUUGCCACUUAAUCUUAAGGUACUUCACAUGACAAGGAGAGAGAUCGUAUGUAUGAUGAUGACUCUAUUCAGCAGAGGCGCACCUCGUGUAGCAGCACGUCCACAGAUGAUCAAUUUUAUUCAUAUUCAAUUCCAAGUAGCACAAAACUAUUACUACACCUAAGCAGACAACCACUAGCUACCACAACUCUAAUAAUUUACUGUGAAUUAGCGGGAUUCAGUCACCUCAAGCUUCUUUUCCUUCUCACACCUCCUCAGGAGAGGCUGUACAAGCAGAAGAUGCUCGUCUCGCAAUACGUCAUAUGGUUCCUGCUGGCGACAGUGUACUACUUUAAUACUUUAUUGAUCAUCUUCCCUAUGUGAGUCCUUCUGUCAAUAUCUUCGUCUGUUGUCCUCACUAAGUCACGCAACUCUUUGCCUCAGAUUGUUAUUUCAUAGUCGCUUCGAUCUCGAUCCAUCUUGUCUCAACGACAGCAUCUAUUAUCCAAUCUGGUGCGCUCCGAUGUGGCAGCCCUUCAUGAACCGCAUGUGGGACAUCACGGAUGACGAUGACUGGUGCAUCAGGCGGUACGGACGUGGACGCCUCUAUGCAUUCUGAUCGGCGACUGCAAUCAGAAUCUGAUGAAGCGGAAGGCAUCUGACCGGCGUGAAUUAGUUGCUCCAAGACAUGCAGCGGGUUGUGAUCGUAGUCAUGAGGAUGAAGGUGCUGCGGCAUCUACGGCCUUACAAGGAAUGAGAAUCUUUUCAUUUUGGUGAAGUUAGUCAGUGUUUGGUCUUGUCAUUUUGGACUACGUCUGGUGCGCAGGACGAUGGGCUCGACAACUACAAAAAGAGACUUUUACGUACGAGAACGACAUGUAGUGAAAAGCAACUACUUCUUCAAUUAAGUUCCGGAAUCUCUCGCGCGAAGCUUCCUAGUUGUACUAGAUGUAGCAGGAGCAGUUCUUCCCGGUAGUAGAGUCGAUCUUGUGGAGAUCGUACGACGGUACUCGCUCGCAAAACACGCAGGUAAGUUUUGAUGUGUCGGAACUCGCUCGCACUACAAAAAAAAAAAAAAGACGGGUUCUGAUUAGAUUGAAUUGCAAAUUAUGCC